AUGACUGGUGUUCAGAUUCCUCUUUCUCAAACUACUGAAAGUUCUGAAGUAGCUGUUGUAAAUAAUACAGUAGAUGCUUCACAUGCUUUCUAUAUCCACCCUUCAGAUAUCCCAGGCAUGAACCUUGUAUCUACUGUUUUUGACGGUAGAAGCUAUGGUGGCUGGAGAAGGGCUGUGAUUAUUGCUCUCUCAGCUAAGAACAAACUAGGAUUCAUUGAUGGAUCUCUAGAAGUUCCAGCUGAUACAGACCUGAAAAUGAAAAGAGCUUGGUCAAGAUGCAAUGAUAUGGUGUUAUCUUGGUUGCUAAAUUCUCUUUCAAAAGAAAUUGCUGAAUCAGUUUUGUACUCUCAUAGUGCCAAAGUUUUGUGGUCAGAUCUAGAAGAUAGGUUUGGUCAAGCAAAUGGUGCUAAGUUAUUUCAACUUCAAAAAGAACUUAAUGCUGUUGUUCAAGGGAAUUCCAGCAUAUCUGCUUAUUUUACUAAAAUGAAAAGUUUAUGGGAUGAACUAGAUUCUUUAAGCACUUUCUCUGCUUGUUCUUGUACCUGUACCUGUACCUGUGGUGCAAAGAAAAAGGGAUUUAAGGCUCAUCAAGAUGAAAGGCUACUUCAGUUUUUAAUGGGUUUGAAUGAUACUUUCUUAGGUGUUAGAAGCAAUAUCUUGUUAUCUGCACCUUUACCCACUAUUGGUCAAGCUUAA